GUGAACGCAGCUUUGUCCACCACGUGACAGGCUUCAGCUGAUCGUCAGGCGGAAGCAAAUGGAAACAUGGUGGAUUCGCUAAGCAGGUUACCUGCUGCAGAUUGUCUAAAAGUAAGUACAGAGCUGUUAUGAUACACAAGAAGAACAAUUCGGUGUUUUUGACUAGUGGUGCAAAAGCAGAUGCAACAUAUGAAGAUAAUCAUUGUAAUCUGAAACAGUUUUUUGAUGGUUUCCUUAUCGCGCGUGACAGCCAGAUAUUCAAUAUUUCACCGUUUCGGAAAAUUAUAAAUCAUCUUUGGGAUUUUUCUUCUUUUGCUCACCUUAGCAUUGCAGACAAGUAAUUACUUACACAAUCCCCAAAUGCUGUCUAACAAGAAGAGGAUUUUAAAGUAUAUUUUUUACAUCCGUAGGUUACAGUUUACAGCUACUGUGUGGAUAAUUUUAACUAGCUACGAAACAGACUAACAUUAAAAAUUAAAAAAAAUGAUGCAUCAAGAGUUAUCAGGAUAAGAUUUCUCGUCAGAAGACGCUUUUCAAGCACGUUGAGGACAGGAUAAACAUUGACUGCUGUUUUUUUUUUUGUUUGUUUGUUUGUUUGUUUUCUUGGUCCAGAAUUCAAAAAGAAACUUUUUGGAGCAAAGUAUUUGAAAUCUUUUAACACUUGUAUAUAGUUCUUCAGUUUCAAGCUAAAGAAGAAGCUUUUAAAGGGCCUGAAUCGAUAGAGCUUUUUCCUUCUAUAGUUGUGUCACAGGGUGGUGGAUGAUAUCUGUGGUCGGGAGCCUCCAUGCAGGAAGGACUAUGGCGCCACCUGGAGUCUGGAGGAGUGGCUGGACCUCCUUAACUCCCUUACAGGUUUUUUCCGCCUGGCGGUGGGAAACAACAGCUCAGAUGAAGAGGUAAGAAAACACAAAUGUGUCAGCUCAACUCAGCAGAAAAAAGCUAAUUUAUAAUUUACAACACAUUCAUGCUUUCAGAUUGUACCUAUGAUAUUUUAAAGGCUGUGAUAGAGUGUCUGUUGAAGAUUCGUGUUCAUCUUGCUGUCUGUGCGGAGGCAGAGGUUGUUUUUACCUUCUGCAGUAGUGUGCAGUAUGUGUGAUGCUCAGCAGCAGUGAAAGCCUGUCGAGAUUUCAGACUCUCAGCCCUCCUCCUAUGUCUGUAUCUGUGUCCUUGUCUUUGUCUAUGUCCGUGUCCAGGUGCUGGCCGGGCUGUCAGGUAUGAGCAGCAGCAGCCAUGCAGAAACUGUGCUGAGUGUAUUAAGAGGCAGACGAGAGGAGAUCUGCCGCGCUCUGCAGGACAGAACCAACUCCAUCUCUUCUGCUACUCUGCAGGACUUUGACUGGCAGCUGAAGGUGACCUGAAGUUUAACUUUUUAAAUCUUCAUAAAUCUUACCUCUGAAUCAGGGCCAUCCUUCAGAACUGAUGUUUAUACUUCAGUUGAACUCCAUGCAAAAUAUUUGUAGGUGUUGACGAAGCAGCUGAAGAAACAGCCUGUUUUUGCGUUUUCCACGUAUAACAUCCACAAUAAAUAGAGAAAUCAGCAGAAAACUCCAUCAUAUAAAGGAAGAGGUAAGCGAAGACUUCUUUGUCAAAGGAAGUUCCUCACAGGAGCUUUAAAACAAGGAGAAAAAUGAAAAAGAAAUUAAUAUAAAAGUUCUGAAAAGUUGAAAGCUGACUUUUUAAAAGUAAAAAAGAAAUGCUGCCCUUAAAAUUGACAAAAGAGAGGUAGCUGUGUGAUGGAUUCUGUUGAAAUGAAGUCAUUCUUUAAAGUGAAAAUGGUACAAAAGUGUUAGUUUUGUUUGCACAUUAUAUUAGUUUCCUAUCCAGCUUAAUAACUGGUUAAAGUUAUGGAUGUGACAAUGCGUUAUGAAACUUGUAAUUAUUAAAAAAAAACUUUUAUAAGGACUUAUAAAUGCAUUUAUCACCUUUUAAUAUACUAAAACACCCAUUAUGUUAUAAAGCCUUUAAAAUGCAUCUACAAUGCUUUAUAAAUGUGUUUUAAGUGGUGGGUUACAGUGCAUCCGGAAAGUAUUCAUACCACUUCACUUUUUCCACAUUUUGUUAUGUUACAGCCUUAUUCCAAAAUGGAUUAAAUUCCUUUUUUUCCCUCAAAUAUUCUGCACAAAAUAUCUCAUAAUCUCAAAGCGAAAAACUUUUUUUAGAACAUUUAGCAAAUUUAUUAAAAAUAAGACACUCAAAUGUUGCAUAUACAUAAGUAUUUACACCCUUUGCUAUAAAACUCAAAAUUGAGCUCAGGUGCAUCCUGUUUCCACUGAUCAGCCUUGAAAUGUUCCUCCAACUUGAUUUCAGUCCACCUGUGGCAAAUUCAGCUGAUUGGACAUGAUUUGGAAAGCCACACCUGUCUAUAUAAGAUCCCACAGCAGACAGAGCACGACAGAGCACAAACUAAGCCAUGAAGUCAAAAGAAUUGUCUGUAGACCUCCGAAACAGGGUUGUAUCAGCGCACAGAUCUGGGGAAGGUUACAGAAAAAUAUCUGCUGCAUUGAAGAUCCCAAAAAGCACAGUGGUCUCCAUUAUUAAGAAAUGGAAGACGUUUGGAACCACCAGGAUUCUUCCUAGAGCUGGACGCCCAGCCAAAAUGAGCAAGCGGGGGAGAAGGGCCUUGGUCAGGGAGGUGACCAAGAACCCGAUGGUCACUCUGACAGAGCUCCAGCGUUCCUCUGAGGAGAUGGGAGAACCCUACAGAAGGACCAACAUCUCUGCAGCACUCCACCAGUCAGGCAUUUAUGGUAGAGUGGCCAGACAGAAGCCACUUCUCAGUAAAAAGCACAUGACAGCCCACUUGGACUUUGCAAGAAGGCACCUGAAGGACUCACAGACCAGGAGAAACAAAAUUUGCUGGUCUGAUGAAAUGAAGAUGGAACUCUUUGGCCUGAAUGCCAAGCGUCAUGUCUGAAGGAAACCAGGCACCGCUCACCACCUCGCCAAUACCAUCCCUACAGUGAAGCAUGGUGGUGGCAGCAUCAUGCUGUGGGGAUGUUUUUCAGUGGCAGGAACUGGGAGACUUGUCAGGAUCCAGGGAAAAAUGAAUGCAGCUAAGUACAUCGAAAUCCUUGAUGAAAACCUGCUCCAGAGUGCUUGAGACCUUCGACUGGGGCGACGCUUCAUCUUCCAGCAUGACAAUGACCCUCAGCACACGGCCAAGAAGACAAAGGAGGGGCUUCAGGACAAGUCUCUCAAUGUCCUUUGCUGCGUCCGAAUUGCCAAGUAGUAGUCGAAGUAGUAGUGGAAGUAGUAUGUAGCAUGUCCGAAUUAGCCACCGGAGCGAGUAGCAUGCUACUUCAGAUACUACCUCAGAUACUAGACACGCCCACAUUGUAGGAUGGUCGCAGUGCAUCCUACGGGCAUGCUACUGACCCAAAAUGCACCAAGGGCUUCUUCUUCGUCCUCUUAAAAGUUGUAGAAGCACAUGUGAUGCUAGCGCUACCAGCUGUUGCCUAUUUAGAUGCGUCGCGAACGCCGGCUGGCCACAGCAGCGCGCACCAUGGCAGAGCAGCAGCAGCAGGCAGGACCGCAGGAGUACAAAUGUAAGUUUCAUGUAACUUCACACACUGUCCUAAAAAAUGUGCGGUUGUAUCUCUUUGUCAUGUCAUGGUGUCAUAUGUGAAUAAUAUGUGUAAUAAAUAUGUGGCGACAUCAUGGAGGUAAAGCUCACUUAUUCCAUCAUUAAACUGCACAGCUGCAGUAAUCAGGCAGAUCUCAUUGAACAAAUGAUCACCACGUGAGUGAAUGAAGGCUAAAAGUAAUGGAAAAGCUUCUUUGUCAAUUUCUAAAGCAGUGCAGGAAUAUAAUACAGCAGCAUCCAUCACUUGCACAAUUACCAUUCAAAGAGUCUAAAACAGGCGCAGUACCUACUCUCUGCCUGCGGGGGUCAUCUUUUCUACCGCUCGUCUAGUGUGUCCGAAUUGGGCAGACGUGUUUAGUAUGUAGGAGUAGGAUCUAGCAGUAGUGUGUAGCAGUAGUAUGUAGUAUGCGAGCGGGCAAUUCGGACACAGCACUUGAGUGGCCCAGCCAGAGCACAGACUUGAACCCGAUUGAACAUCUUUGGAAAGACCUGAAAGUAGCUGUGCACCAACACUGCCCAGCCAACCUCACUAAGCUUGAGAGGAUGUGCAAGGAAGAAUGGGAAAAACUCCCCAAAUCCAGGUGUGCCAAGCUUGUUGCAUCAUACACAAGAAGACUGGAGGCUGUAAUCGCUGCCAAAGGUGCGUCGACCAAGUAUUGAGUAAAGGGUGUGAAUACUUAUGUAUAUGCAACAUUUGAGUGUUCUUAUUUUUAAUAAAUUUGCUAAAUGUUCUAAAAAUAGUUUUUUGCUUUGUCAUUAUGGGGUAUUUUGUGUAGAAUUUUUGAGGGAAAAAGGAAUUUAAUCUAUUUUGGAAUAAGGCUGUAACAUAACAAAAUGUGGAAAAAGUGAAGUGGUAUGAAUACUUUCCGGAUGCACUGUAUGUCAAGUGUUGGCACUUUAGUCCUAAUAAUCCUUGAAGAAGUGAGGACUGCAGAAGAAAUUAAAAUUACUUUGACUUUUCAAUCUCAGUGCUCUAUGAUAAAAUGUCCAUAUACAAAACUCAGACAGGCAUUUAUAAUUCUGAAGGAGUUUCUGCCGAUCUUACCAACAAUAAAAACAGUCUGUUCUGGUUUUCUGGAUGAUCAAGACACCAGUACCUGAUCUGAACUGUGUGUGGUCGGUAUUCAGUGUGUCUAGUAUACCCAAAAAGGUUGAUCUUGUAGAAAGACCAAAGCUCUCAAAGUUCAGGAUCUGAGUGUAAAAUCCUUCACUGACAGUUUCUGCUCUGCUGCUGUCUAAAUUAACUCUUCAUUUGUCCUCCUGCUCUUUCUCCCCCCCGUCCCUAUCCCAUCCCCGUCCUGCAGUUAGCUCUGUCCAGCGAUAAGAUCUCGUCUCUGCACACUCCUCUGCUCAGCCUCAGUCUAGAUGUAAGAGAGAACACGGGCCUGCGCUCCGUCACCAUGGAAAUGAACAGAGACGAGCUUAACACGCUCAUCACCUCACUUGAGGCUGCUAAUAAGGUGUGUGUGUGUGUGAGAAACUUGUUGAUGCUCUGUUAACUAAGAUUGGGCCUUUUAUAUUUACAAAUGUUCGAGCCCCCUUAUAUACUGAGUCAGCCAUCUUGCAUCAUCAUGUUUCUCCACAGUAGCACAUAGUGGACAAACUUUACUAUGUAUAAAAAAAUUUUAAUUGGUUAUUUAGUGAACGGGAAUGUCACAGACAAAGGUCGGAAGAUAACGAAGAAAGUAGUUGUGCAAAAAAUAAUUUUUACUUAACAGUCAUUUAACUAUUUUAUCACUUAAUCGAGAAUACAAUAUGAUUAAUGAGGAAGUCAAUAAUCGGAGGACAAACUGCUAUCUGGUUCUUCUGCAGUAAUGGAGGACAGCCACUGAGUGGUGUUGCCAUUGAGUCAGAUUCCUCUUGUUUUGUUCAGAGUGUGUGAGGCUGUCAGCUGACAGUCAAACAUCAUGACUAUCAGCAGUUAUUUCUGCCAGUUUACUCUGAGGUUUUCUUGUCUUAAAGUUCAUGUUAACACACAUCAGACUGCACAUAGGGCUAGGUGAUAUCUACUCUUUCUUUAUAACAAACAUAAUGUCCUGCUCUUUGAUAAACAAUCUUUUUAAACAGACCUUUUAAACAGACCCUUAUGGGCUUUGACUUGAGAUUCACAUACACUAGGAAAUAAAAAAAUAAGCUUUAUCCAUGGUCAGUUUUAAUCUUUGUAUUGAUUCAUUGACAAUAAGAAAACUCCAGAUUCACCCUGUCACAUUGGCUGAAGGCUGUAAAAACAUUUUUUGCCACUUGGGGGCAGAACUAUAAAGCAUACCAAACGUUGAAACUACAACAAAGAGUCAAAUCAUGAAGUACACAUAUUUUGAAGGAUUGGUGUUAUUCUGCAUGACUUCAGCAUGCUUGAAAGAGAAAAUUCAUCUCAGUAGAUUAUGACAAGAACAAUUACAAGGUACAAAAUGAUUAUGAGUAUUGUCAUUAUUGUUUCUUUAAAAAAAAAAAAAAAAAAAAACACAAAUCAAAUAGUCUUGGCUUUUAACUUUGUCAGGUGCAACAUUCAAGAAAACUUCUAAUCAAUCAAUCAGUCAAAUUUUAUUUAUAUGGUGCCAAUCGACAACAGUUGUUAUUCCAAGACGGAGCAGGUCUAGACCAUGCUUAUUGUUUGAUGAAUUAUCAAGACCUAACCUAAAAUGGGACAGAAUUGACCCAUCUCAUCUAACAUGAGUGACAAUGGCAAGUAAAAACUUUCUUUUAACAGGCAGAAACCUUGGGUAGGACCUGCUAGACAGCCGCCAGGCAGCUGCUGGGUUGGGGAGGGAUACAGAGAGAUAGGGGGAGAAAGAGAGAGGAGUGGGAGGGCAGGGGGAGAGAAAGAGAACAAGGGAGAGGAAAAGAGAGAGAACAAGUAAGGGAGAGGGAGGGAGAGAGAAUAGAGAAUGAGGGUGAGAGAGAGAGAGACGGUACAGCAGCAACAUUCACACAACAACAACAACAGCUCAUUCAGAGUUCUGGUUGCAGAGCAAGUAAUGAUGAAACAAUAUGAAUUCAGUUUACAGGAUCAGGAUAUAAGUAAUUAUGGACUAUUUUAAGUUAAUUGAAUGUGAUUACAAUCAGCAGGCCUAGUAGUAGUUAAUUUUAGCUUAAUGCUUUAUGUUCCUAAAAAAAGUUUCGCCAACUUCAAACUGAUCCAGAUAAUUUACUAGCUGAACUUCAACAAUUCUUCCUCUGUAGCCCAGGUAGAAACUCAUCUGUGCACCUUUUAUUUAACACACACCUCCUCCUUUAUAGCACCAUCUGUUGUCUACAUGUUGCGCUUGCAGUAUGUUAAAGUAUCAGUAACUAUAGUAGUUAUAAUGAUGACUGCAGCGGCCGCUCAUGACAGCACGUAUCUGUGAUAAAUCUCUCACAACAACAGCACCAAACCGUAGCACAAUAUAAACAUCCUAUCUCUGCACCAGUGUACAAGACACAGUUGUAUUUUCAGAUGGUUAAAAGAUAAUAACAGUGAGUUUAUACUCUAAAUUUGAAGGUAAUGUCUGAACUGUGUCAGUAAAAUAAUCUCCUAAUGGUUGCAUGCUUUUGUCUUUUUCAGGUGGUGCUACAGUUAAAAUGAGAGAAACUCUGAGGAUCGUUUCAGAUUUCAGAUGCUCUGAGAGUUAGAGGAGGUUUUUCCUCCCGUGAGUUGCUGGUUUGUUUCCUGUAUUAAGAAUAUGUCAGAAUAAAUGUGUCUUUUUCUUUCAACUCUGUAGAUUUUUGUAGAAAUAAAGGUAAACAUGCUUCAAGGGU